AAGAAGGUAUUUUGUUGUAUUAAAGUUUAUAACAUAACUCAUUUUUAUCUUGAGAAAUAUUUCUGAGUAUUUCUACGUUUUUAAAUAACUCAACGGGUUUCGUAACACUUAUCAGCGAUAUUAUUUAAGAAAAUGGAAGAGCAGGAAAAUGAAAAUGAAUCUAAACGAAUGAAGGAGCGUAGUCCAUCUCCAGGUGUGAAGUCAACAGCUGUUGUUAAGUACACAGCUUUUCAGAGUCCAGUGGGCUAUGCACGGUUGCAGUGUAAUACAGAUCUGAAUUUGCCCCCCUCUAACUGGGGGGCUGCUAUUGAUUCCUAUGGGUUGAAACAGAUUUUGACUGGAGGUACUGGAUUAUCUAGCUUCAGGAUGGCACAUAUGUUUCCUGAUUGUGUGGGUGAAGUGGAUGUCAUAUCAGGUGCAGAGUGCAUUAAGAAACUGCUCAAACUACCAUACCAGCCUAAUGGGACUGUGAGCAUGAUGGUGCACAGAGUCGAGAACACCCUCCUACUCGAUGACUUUGACGUGUAUGACUAUCUGAUGAAGUCAGAGUGGUCGUGGCUGAAAGAUUUCUUCUAUGAAAACAUUUUGAAAACCAUGUCUGAGAAGGUAAGAAAAUUUUAUUACAUUAUGAUAUAAUUAUUUAGUCUUCAUGUUUUGUUUUACGAAAAUCUGAAAUAAUGAAAGUGCAACCUGAAACAGCAUAACAAAGUUCAUUUUCAAAGUUUUCUUGCACAAUAUUCAUUAAAUAUUGUAAUUUUUAAUAUUUCAUAAAUUUUUUUUUACAUCAAUCUAUUCCAAAAUUACGCCUGUCUAACUAAACAUGUGUUAUAAAAAAGAAGGAUAAAGAUCAUUCGUUCGCAUAGAAACUACUGGACUGAUUU